AUGACAGAUGCAGCACGCACUCGAGGCGACUUCGAACCAAAGUCCAGUCAUCGAGGGACCAAGGUGUAUCGGACGCAAGAAGUAUAUGUAUCGUCUACGAGCUUGAAGUCGCGCAUGAUUCGAUUCAUCUUCCAACGAACGAGACGUGCACAGGAGCUGCGAUCCAAGUCAUGGCCAGGACAAGCCGAAUCUGUAUCGCUGUCCGUGCAAACGAGUGCAAGCUGUCCAGACAGCACGAGUAUCGAAACACAGGAUGGACUUGGCCGCUCGUUGACACGAUCUGCUUCACCAACUUCACGACAGAAGCGAGCAGAGCGAAUCGCGCGACGAGGAUCCGGCGACGUUGAUUCGACUAUAGCCGAGUGGCGCCAGCGACAGACGCACUGCGCGAACUGCGAGCGCCUUUUCUUCACGUCCCUCUCCUCGCUCCGUAAUGGUGAAGAUAGGUUUUGCUCGCUGGACUGCAAGACCAAUCUCGAGUACAUGCACCGGCUCCAGCACGUGACGUAUACGCAGACAUGGGAGAGCAGCGCAGACUGUAGCGUGGAGGUGGGAGACAAAGAAGUGGCGGAACAGAUGACGUCGCUGGGGAUCAGCGGCUUCGACCACCAUGUCGUGUCUCGUGGUCAGUCAGGUCGGCAUUGUAGGGCUUUCGUACAGCAUCGUGUGCACUAG